CCCAGUUUAGAGCAUAAAUUAAAGCACUAGAUCAGCUUCACUCACUAGUAGAACUUCAAGCCGUCUCUGAAACUGAGCAGAUCUUCAAGACCGACACUGAAAUGAAGACGGUUGCAGCUUUGGCUCUCAUCUGUCUGCUCGUGGUCGACGUCAGGGGACAGGCAAGAGACCCCAGAGGAAGGUGUUUAUGUGCUGAUGGUGGCCUCAAAAUGCUUCGUCUAAAUCGGGUUGAGAAACUUGAUAUUUUGCCUGCAAGCCCCUCCUGUGGAAAACAAGAGAUCAUUGCUACUCUGAAGGACGGUGCAGGGAAGAAAUGCUUGAACCCAGAGUCCAAGUUUAUCCAGGAGCUCAUCAAGAAGAUGAUGGAAAGCAGACGCUCAAAGUAGAAGAAUCUGCUGAGGAACUGUUCCUGCUCCAGUUUCACUCCAGACGCCCUGAGAUCAACAGAGAGAAGGCAGCGGGUAAUCGGUCAUGGACUUUCACUGCGCUGAAACUAACUGACACCUUUCCACCUUCUUUUUCAAUGUAAAUAGUUUUGUUAUUUUAAAUUAUGGAAAGACUAAACUAGUGCUAAACACUGUGAUGUACAAAGGUUUCUUUUCUUCAUUGUGUCUGUUAUUUUGACUUUUGUCUGUCGAUUCUUAGAGUUAUGAAGAAUUCUUGAGCUAGAACCUCAAUAAACCAACUUUUUUUAAACUAAA